AGGGGCUUCGGGGUUGGGCUGGGUUCCGAGCACGGCGGCCGCUUCUGCAAUCGUUGCUCUUCCCUUGGGCUCCCCUAUUCCAAAGGCAAGCCCUGGGGACGACUCCCACAGCUCCGCCGCGCCUUUCCAGUCUCCCUCGACCGCCACCUCCAAUUCGGAAACCUGGAAAAAGUUCCUCCACAGCGGCCAGCCUGAAGAAAAGCCACAUUCGUGUGGCUGGGCUCCAGCCCGCCUCCCCUCCCAGACGCCCUCCGCCCCCACCCCCAACUUUGGAUUGCUGCUUCCUCCCGGGCUGCGUGGCUUUCCUGAAAGCAGCUGGGCGGCGCGCUGCUGGUGGAAGGAGGCAAGGCAGGCGAACUAGGCGCGCGGGGCAGAAAGCCAGAAGAAUCUGCUUCAGGUGCCCACAUUUUUAAGAAUAAAUCCUUUAAGAAAGCCAAAAUCUGCAGUGUCUGCAAACAAGUUAUUGAGAGUCAAGGUGUUUCAUGCCGAGUGUGCAAAUAUUCCUGCCACAAGAAAUGUGAAGCAAAGGUGGUGAUACCCUGCCACGUACCAAUCAAUGACCCAAUGCCUAACAACUCUGAUGUAUCUGGUCACGUAGCCAGGACAGCAUCUGACAGUUUUUCAAAAAGUUCUUCAUUCUGCUGUGAUAAGUUUUCUCAGAGUGCCAUCUUGGAUCAUAUCAUGGAGGAAGGCUAUGAACUCGAUCUUACCUACAUCACUGAGCGGAUCAUUGCUGUCUCCUUCCCAGCUAGUUGCUCUGAGGAAACUUAUCUACAUAACCUUCAAGAUGUAACCCGGAUGCUAAAAUCCAAACAUGGAGAUAACUACCUGGUGAUAAACCUCUCAGAAAAGCGAUAUGACCUUACGAAGCUUAACCCAAAGAUUAUGGAUGUGGGUUGGCCUGACCUUCAUGCCCCUCCCCUUGAUAAGAUGUGCACCAUCUGUAAAGCUCAAGAGAAUUGGUUAAACAGUGACCCUCAGCAUGUAGUGGUCAUUCACUGCAGGGGUGGAAAAGGACGGAUAGGAGUUGUCAUAUCAUCGUACAUGCAUUUCACCAACGUUUCUGCCAGUGCUGACCAAGCUCUCGACAGAUUCGCAAUGAAGAAAUUUUUUGAUGAUAAAGUUUCAGCUUUAAUGCAGCCAUCCCAGAAAAGAUAUGUUCACUUCCUCAGCGGUCUUCUCUCGGGAUCUGUGAAAAUGAAUACCACACCACUCUUUCUGCACUUUGUAAUUCUCCAUGGCAUCCCCAACUUUGAUACUGGUGGAGUUUGCCGACCGUUUUUGAAGCUCUACCAAGCAAUGCAGCCAGUCUAUACAUCAGGAAUCUACAAUGUUGGUCCAGAAAACCAAAGCAGAGUCUGCAUUGCUAUUGAACCAGCCCAACUCCUAAAGGGAGACAUAAUGUUGAAAUGUUACCACAAAAAAUAUCGAUCUGCCACCCGUGAUGUCAUUUUCCGCCUUCAGUUUCACACAGGAGCCAUUCAGGGCUAUGGGCUGAUGUUUAGAAAGGAAGAUCUGGACAAUGCCAACAAAGAUGACCGUUUUCCUGAUUAUGGGAAGAUUGAAUUAGUGUUUUCUGCUACACCUGAGAAAAUACAAGGGUCUGAGCAUUUACAGAAUGACCACGGAGUGGUUGUGGAUUAUAACACUGCAGACCCACUGAUCCGAUGGGAUUCUUAUGAAAAUAUGAGUCCUGAUGGGGAAGUGUUACACACCCAAGGUCCAAUUGAUGGCAGCCUUUAUGCUAAAGUGAGAAAGAAGAGCAUAUCUGACAACGGCAUCCCUAGUGGGACCCAGGUCGUUCCAGUAACCAGCAGCCCUGAUCACAGUGACCAUACCCUGUCUGUUAGCAGUGAUUCAGGUCACUCCACUGCCUCAGUAAGGACAGACAAGACUGAAGAACGCUCAGCUCCAGGCACGAAAAGGGGAUUGAGCCCACAAGAAAAGGCAGAACUGGACCAGCUCCUCAGUGGGUUUGGACUAGAAGACUCUGUAAGCUCCCCAAAGGAUAUGACUGAUGCCCGCAGUAAAUACAGUGGGACUCGUCACGUAGUGCCAGCCCAGGUUCAUGUGAAUGGAGACUCCAAGCUGAAAGACAGGGAGACAGACAUCCUAGAUGAUGAGAUGCCUAAUCAUGACUUACACAGCGUGGACAGUAUUGGGACUUUGUCUUCUUCAGAAGGUCAACACUCCAGCCACCUUGGAAAUUUUACCUGCCAUAAAAGCAGUCAAAAUUCUCUCUUAUCAGAUGGCUUUGGAAGCAACACUGGGGAAGACCACCAUAUUGCCCUUGCUCCAGACCUGGGCAUUGGUGUAGAUCCCCUUUAUGAGCGAUCAUUUGGAAAUGGUGAGCCCAAGCAGGUUCAACAACUUUUGAGGAACCCUACAGGGCCAGCUCAGGCACCAACCUAUGGACAGGGCACCUAUUCCACUCAGACCUGGGUGCGCCAACAACAAUUAGUUACAGCACAUCAGUAUAGCUACACAGCAGAUAAUGAGGGGAGGUUUGCCAUCCACAACUCUUCAGAGAAUUCAAACUAUGUCCCAGCCCAGCCCAGGGUCCCACUAACUCCCACAAGAGGAUCCAGCAGCAGGGAUGCUGUGCAGAGGGGCUUAGGUAGUAUAUCGAAUCCCAAUGAAGUACCGCAGCACUCUUACCCAGAGGGUUUCAAACCUAGGUUAACACCAGAGAAAGAGAUAAAUGGGGUUGAAAUGGGAUUGAAUACGGGAAUUUUACCAGGAUCUCCAACUCUGGAUAUUGACCAAUCGAUUGAACAGCUCAAUAGGCUGAUCUUGGAACUAGACCCAACAUUUGAACCUAUCCCAACUCAUAUGAAUACCAUGACAAGUCAAGCAAAUGGAUCUGCAUCUCCUGACAGCAAAGUGGGAGGACUGCGGGUGAACCACAGAUUUCUUGAGAAAGGAGAGAACAUAAGCAGGAAUUCCAGCCAACAUGGAGAUGAUCCAUCUGGAGGGAGAAUCAGGAAAUUAAGCCUUGGCCAGUACGACAAUGACAGUUCCGGGCAGCCAUCAUUUACUGGAUGUGGAUGGGUAAAAGCUACUAAUAUGGAUCCAGUUCCAACUCUGGGACCCUAUAUUACUUCAGGAGAAACCAAAGAGACAAUGGUAGCCAAUUAUCCUCAAGAGCUUGAUGUGAUUGAUGGCGGAAUAUUCUCACCAACGAAAAAUGGGAAUGAAUCAGUCCCUCCUACUCCAUCUUUUCCCAUAUCACCAGAGACACCAUAUGUGAAAACUCCUCCACAUUAUCCCCAGAUCAGUCCAUCAGAGCAACUCAGGAGUGGCCCAACCAAUUUGUACAAAACAGGACAUGAACCUCGGAGUUACACUGAAGGCCUUAAUCACACAGUGGUGAUGUCAGACAGCCCAAUAGGAACAAACCCUGCUGUGUUUCGGUCUGAGAGGCCAACAACUCCUUCUUGUCAGCGAACCUAUCCAUCUGCCUGUACAGCUUCAAGCAAUAGCUCCCUUCAGAGAGGCGAGAGUCCUUCCACAGCAGAGCACCAAUGGCUAGAGAGCAGUCCCAAAUCUACUCUUUCACCACAACUGUCAAUGAUGGGGAGCAGCCGACCCACAGGCUUCCUUGUUGCUUCCGAGUUUUCCAGUCCAGUACCAGAUUCUUCCCUCUUGUCUCAUUUCCCACCUACGGAGCUGCAGGUUUCUAAUCUAAACAAUCAUGAAAACUCACCAGCAGAACAGUCCCAAGAAAUGUUGGGCAACCCAAGUGGCCGAGCCUUCCUGAACUUUGGUGUGCCUAGCAUUGGCAACAGCCUACAGCCAGGAGAGAAGCCAGGGACCUUACUGACUAAUUCUAAUGGAGCAUCUAAACCGCCAAUUGCCCCACUGACAGGAGUUGUCGACAAUGGCUUCUUGCCCCAUAAUUUUCUCACAGUGGCCCCUGGACACAGCAAUCAGCACAGUCCAGUCCUACCACACACAGGCUUGCCCCUGCAUUCACAACCACCCCUUCCAGAGAAGAAGAGGGCAUCUGAAGGAGACCGCUCCUUUGGCUCCGUCUCUCCAUCUUCCAGUGGCUUCUCCAGCCCCCAUAGUGGGAGUACAAUCAGCAUCCCUUUCCCAAAUGUCCUUCCAGACUUUUCUAAAGUUUUAGGCACCUCCCCCUUGCCAGAAAAUCCAACUGAUAAACAUGUGACUGUGAAAUUUGUUCAAGACACAUCCAAGUUCUGGUACAAGGCAGAUAUUUCAAGAGAGCAAGCUAUCGCCAUGCUGAAGGAUAAAGAACCAGGCUCAUUCAUUGUUCGGGACAGCCACUCUUUCCGGGGAGCCUAUGGCCUGGCCAUGAAGGUUGCCACGCCUCCUCCUUCAGUCCUGCAGCUUAAUAAGAAAGCUGGAGAUUUGGCCAAUGAACUCGUCAGGCACUUUUUGAUUGAGUGUACAUCUAAGGGAGUAAGAUUGAAAGGAUGCCCAAAUGAACCAUAUUUUGGGAGUUUGACUGCUUUGGUAUAUCAGCAUUCCAUUACUCCUCUGGCAUUGCCAUGCAAGCUCCUGAUCCCAGACCGAGAUCCCUUAGAAGAAAUGGCAGAAAAUUCUCCACAAACGGCUGCAAAUUCUGCAGCUGAACUGCUAAAACAGGGGGCAGCCUGCAAUGUUUGGUACUUAAAUUCCGUGGAAAUGGAGUCACUCACAGGCUACCAAGCUGUACAGAAAGCAUUGAGCAUGACGCUGGUUCAAGAUCCUCCUCCCAUUUCUACAGUUGUCCAUUUCAAAGUGUCUGCCCAAGGAAUUACACUGACUGAUAAUCAACGGAAACUUUUCUUCCGAAGACAUUAUCCAGUGAACACUGUCAUUUUCUGUGCUUUGGAUCCACAGGACAGGAAGUGGAUCAAAGAUGGCCCUUCGGCAAAAGUAUUUGGAUUUGUUGCAAGAAAACAAGGGAGCGCUACGGACAACGUGUGCCACCUGUUUGCAGAACAUGAUCCCGAGCAGCCUGCCAGCGCCAUCGUGAACUUUGUAUCAAAGGUCAUGAUUGGUUCACCCAAAAAGAUCUGAAGCCUCCCUUUCCCCUUUGUUGUGAGUAGGGAGGGAUGGCGUCCUUUUGAACAAUUCACUCAAACGUACUGAUCCCAAGAAGAAAAGUUGUAGGUUUUUCUUCUUCCUUGCUUGCUUUUUUUUUUUCUUGUUUUAAAAGAAAGACUUCAAAAUUCUUUGGCCUUUCUCAAGAGGAAAUUUUUGUUUCUUGAAACAUCUUCACAGCCAAGUAUCAAAGAAGCUAUGUUUGGAGCAUCAGGGAGUUCACUUCGGAGAUAAACUUUCAAAGAAAAAUUUUUGUACCCUUCUUCACCUUGCCCAGUUUCUCUUAAGUGAACAUGGAAUGAUUGCCUGGUUACUCACUAUAUCCCAUGAAUUUUACAAGAUUCAGUAUGUAAUAGAACUGUAUGCCUGGCCUUAUGGAGACACUUGUCCUAUUUGCAUCCACAGUAGCCAUGACCCUCCCGAACUGAUGUUCUUUCAGAGGAUCAUGGGCCUCUUGUACAAUCGUUUGCUCUUCCCUUCAUCUUUCCAUAACCAAGACUAGAGUUGAACUGAGAAGGGGGAAGUAUGUCUAAUGAAGGUUAGUGUAGGUUGAUUUUUUUUCAGGGACCAUGAAGACAGAGAGGUGCAAGGAUACUGAGAUUGUAAGGUCUAAAUCUGGGAAUGAUUGAGGUCAUUGUGCUUUAUGAAAAGUUAGAGAUGUCAUUUUUUUUUUAAAAAAAUGUAUGGUGAAGGCUUGAUGUAUUCUGUUCACUUAAAAAAAUAUAUUUUGUAUGAAGAGUCAAGCAAGAAAGAAACCAUUUUAAUAAUAGCAGGAUAAAAAUGAGGGAAAAGCAAAAAAAUGAUUUUAUAUAAUUUAUAUUUUUGCCUAUGCCAGAUUAUUUAUAGUAGAAAUUUGAUAUUGCUAUAUUGUACGAGUACUCUUUACUAGACACCUUGUUGAGCUUUGCAUUUUUUGUGUUAUUGUAUCUAAGUAUAUUCCAUUGCAUGUGCCUUGCUUAGAAAGUAUGUCAAUAUUUUCUUAUGGUGUUAUUUUAACACAUUCUGCAUUUUGGAAAUAUUGUUUUAACAGAAAGUCUUGUUGCAUAUUUGGAUUUUUUUUUUCAAUAUUUUGUUCAUCGAUUUCACUUCUUUAUGGUUUUUAUUCCUAAAUUUUCUUAUUGUGGAUAGAAUCAAGUAAUGCAUCCAGAAGGGAAAAGAAAAUUAGUUUGUUAAACUCUUGCCUUGGCAUCUGCUUGUUAUGUUGGAUGUCAUUUUUAAGGAUAGAAACAAGAUUAUAGAUAGGACACCUUGGGCCUUUAUAAGCUUUCGUAUGGCUCUUGUCACACUGCUAAGUGGUUUGCUUUGUAUUAUAGUCAAUGCCCUGAGUGUGGCAUCCUAAGAACGAAGGUAAGAAAAGGGAUGAUCCUUGAAAAUAUAAACAUUUUUAGUUUUCAUAUUAGCUGCUGUAUUAUAUGGGCAAAUACGUACUUGUGUAUAUUUCUGUCUCCAAAUGGUUUUCCCUGAAAAUAUGUCAUUGGUGAAAUUCUUCUGGGACCAAUGAUCCAGGGCUUUGCCUAGUUGAUGAAAAAUUAACUUUCUCCUCUGUAGUGCACAAGGUGCUGAAUAAAUGUUCAAAGACCCUAAGUAUCCCCCAUUAAAGUUUUCCUUAAGAAUAAUUCCUAUCCUUCCCCAAUUCAGAUAUCAGUCUUUAUUUUAUGCAAGAAUCAUAGUGACCAACUUAGGCUUUAAAAAUUUACUCUUAUAAAGAGAUUAUUUUAAUGCACGGGUCAGGGCAGCAAAAGGCAGGGAAAAAGAUGGCAGCUCAAAUGCAAUUGGAAUUGACUGAGUUGCCAUGGGCAUUGUAUAUAAAGCUUAACAGGUAGAGAUAACUUCUUGCUCCAGUUGACGUGACAAAAGCCAGGGCCUCAUUUCUGUGCCAAAUGCUUUAUGAUUCUGUUACACAAAAUUUACUCAUCAUUUGGUAUUUGCAUUGCCAUUUAAAGAGACUGCUUGGGCAUUUUGGAGAUUCCAUGUGUCUUAAGAACAGCCAAUCAAACAGAAUGCUAACUCCUAAACCACUUCCAAGGAGUGUCCAGUCCAACAGUGUUUCAUUUCCUCAGAAGUUUGGGAAAGCUAAAUGCUUGAGAGGGCUUAAAUUACUGGAUCUGCCAAGAGUGCUACUCUCAUGGAAAGGUCACCCCCAGAUAAGAAGAAAAAAAAUUUGUUUAGGACUUAAAUCAGAUUCGAACAAGCCUUCUUUUUGAAGAGAAUGCCAUGGAACUGGGGCCUCUCUUUUCCUGCCAGUACACAAUGACUUGGAAUUCUCAAGAUAUUAUCAUAGUAUUUCAUGCCCACAUGUAUUCAGGAAAGACUCCAGAGCCUGAAGUUGCCAUUUUUUUUUUAAAAGAUCAUUUACUGGCAUGCUUAUUUUUUAUUUUUUGCUGUUUUUACAUUUUUGCUCUGUGUUAAAAAAGAGCAUCAGGAAAAAUCUACUAGGAGCUUGACUCUUCUUAGCAGGAAAUAUAGGGUCCAUUUUUAUGGUUGCAAGGAGAGCUCUCUCAGUGUGUUUCUCUGAUGAUAUGUUACCACAUAUAUUAAAAAUGUAUGAAAUAAUUUUACAUACUCAAAAGAAAAACUGUAAGGUAUACUCGAUAGUAACUAGCCUAUAUAGUCACAUAGCAUUCUUUUUGUGACAAAUGUGCAGCCAGACCAUUAACACAACAUACUUUCCCCAGGAUGUUUCAAGAUGUGUAUAUGCAGUACUGAAAAAAAAAAAAGACUGGUGAACUCAGAUUAGCUUUUUGCCACAUGUAUUUGUAGCCAGGCGCCCAUUAACCUGCUUGUUAAAUUGUAUUGCUGUAAUCCUUCAGUGUUAUAAUAUGGACAUGCUAAAAAGCCAUGCUUAAUUAAAUGGUGCCAGUGUAUCCUAAGUAUCAUUGACAUGUUAACAUAGCCUUCUCUGCCUUAUCUAUUAGUAGAUAUUUUACCUUUGCUCCAUACUGUAAAAAAUAUAUUCAGUAUGUAAAUGAAUGUCCUAUAAAUUCUUUGUAUAGUCGAUUUCUCUGCUUUUUAAAUAUCACCUCUAUUCAGAGUAUAAUAAAAUUAU